AAAUAAAAGAUACACGAAAUAAGUUGAUUUGGCAUUAAUCUACAUAGCUGGAACCCAAUGUAUUUUUCUUAGAGUAAGGAUUUGUGUCUGGACUCACUUCCGGUAAAGCAUUUGCAGUAUGAAGAAGGAGCAAGUUGUAAAUUGUCAGUUUUCGGUGUGGUAUCCGAUAUUUAAGAAACAUACAAUCAAAAGUUUGAUUCUUCCACUGCCUCAGAAUGUAAUAGAUUAUUUGCUGGACGAUGGAACACUAGUAGUUUCUGGAGGAGACAACAACACUCAGCAAAAUCAAACUAACAACAGCGAUUCUGAGGAGGAAGACAUUCAGUGGUCAGAUGAUGAGACAACCACCACUGUAACAGCUCCAGAGUUCCCAGAAUUUAACUCCAAAGUGCUGGAGGCCAUUAACACUCUAGGUGGUUGUGUCUUUCCCAAAUUAAACUGGAGUGCACCACGGGAUGCAAACUGGAUUGCUCUAAACAGCUCCCUUCAGUGUCAGAGUCUGACCGAUAUCUUCCUUCUCUUCAAGAGCUCUGACUUCAUCACCCACGACCUUGCACAGCCAUUCCUUCACUGCAGCGAUGAGGAUUCUCCAAAUCCUACCAUAAACUAUGAGCUGGUCCUGAGAAAGUGGAGUGAACUACUUCCUGGUGGGGAGUUCAGGUGUUUUGUCAAAGAGAACGAGCUGAUCGGUAUUUCCCAGAGAGACUAUACCCAGUAUUACCAGCACAUCUCCAAGCAGGAGGCCCAGAUCUGCCAUUCCAUCCAGGAGUUCUUUGGCCAACACAUCCAAUACCAAUUCCUGGAUGAGGACUAUGUGUUGGAUGUCUACAGAGAUAGCUGGGGGAAGGUGUGGCUGAUUGAUCUCAACCCCUUUGGUGAAGUGACAGAUUCUCUGCUGUUUACGUGGGAGGAGCUGACCUCUGGAAACCGCCUGUCAGCCAGUCAUGAGGAAGGUGACACAGCCCAGCUGGACGGCCCUGCGUUCCGCUAUACCACCAGUGAUGUGACGGUGCAGCCAAGUCCCUGUCUGAGCUAUCGGAUCCCCCGGGACUUUGUGGACCUCUCCACUGGCGAGGACGCAUACAAAUUAAUCGACUUCCUCAAACUGAAGAAAAGCCAGCAGGAGGACUCUGAGGAAGAGGAAGAGGUACGACAGUAACACCGUCAGCCCCUGAGGAACAGGGUCUCCAUGGUGACUGGUAGUUUAGCCUAUUGUAACAAUAAUCCUAAAACUAUUUGGCUAGCACUAGCCAUUAGCACUAAGACUACUGUAUGCCUAUAGUUGUGUCCUUACUGGUUCUUUAGUAUUCUUAUGGAAGCCAUUGUCAUGGACAUCACCCUAGACCACAGGUGUCAAACCGGUUCCACGGAGGGCCGAGUGUCUGCAGGUUUUCGCUCUCACCUUGUACCUGAUUGAU